AUGUCUACAAAUACCAAACACAACCCACCACAUCCAAAUCCAAAUUCAAACCCACAUCCGAAACCAGUCGCGAACGACGAUGCAGCUCUAAGCUCGUCCUCCUCUUUGGCUGGCGACGACCUGGAUACGUCCGUUGGCAUCCUUGGUCUCAGCACCGCCAUCUCCAACACCUAUCCCCUGACAGUCGAAGGGACCUUCCCUUCCCUCGUGUUCCCUCAUCGUCUCGUCAAUGUCGCGGCUAAGAAGUGCGACGUCGACGGCAUCGAAGGACCCGCCACCACCUUCCACCGCAACAUGAUAUCGGUGUAUACACAUCUAAACUUAUCUUCGCCGGACAUUCGCGACGACGUCCGCUUCAUGCUUGGCAAGUUUCUGGUCCGCUUGUGCAUCGACGGUCUGAAGCAGCACCUUGGGUACCGCCUCCCAAAGACCCAGAAAACACAAGAGUGCAAAGAAUACAUCGACAAGAUGGUGCACUGCGUCAAUUCUGCGAUGCAAAGCCUCAAGGUCUUUCUGUGCGACUUGAAUGACAUUGUUGCCGAAGGGGCAGCAUCGAAGGCUUCGGUGGUAUCAAAGGCUCCUGUAGUACCGAAGGGUCCGGUAACACCUUUUCUUACCAGGAAGGCGAAACCAUCCAAAUUAUCACUGGCAACGUCGAUAUCUCCUACCUUGGUCCCAUCGAUCCCCGCACGCCACAAGGACGUGUCCUCUGUCGGUCUCCCUAUCCUUCCGUGCAUGAACAAUAAAUAUAUCGCGCAUCGCGAGACCCCUAGCUCCAAGUUCUUUCGCAAUCUUUUCAAGAGAUUCCGUAAAUCCGUUACCUUCCCAUUUACCCCUUCGUCCGUCACCCUCGUACUGCCGCCUAUCAGCGAUACAUCAGCAAUCAAGGACGCUCUACUCCCAGAUAAACCGAAGCCGCUUCCAGAGAUACCUUACGAAAAUCGUCGCUCGGCGAUAUACUUCCAAGACGGCAAGCAUUCCUGUAGCGUGGACAUGGAACGCCUGAUGCCUACCCACGAUGAUUCUAGCAUCCGUCUCACGUCAGAUGGUGCACUCAAAUCCGCAUCCCUUACUUCUCUCAUUCGCAUCCUCACGUCCCCGGAGGCGGAUCGAAUGCCCGGAUUCACCCACACAUUCUUCAUGUGUUUCAUAUUCUUCGCCUCGCCCCAGGACCUCUUGGAUGGUCUUGUAGCACGGUUCCAAGUCGGCAAAAAAUGGCAGCGGCCUGAUCUUUCCAAGGAAGACGCUGACGCUGUAGCGGCUGAGGUGCUGGCCGUACGUGUCAGCGUGGUCAGAACGUUGACCACUUGGCUAUGGGAGUACUGGCGCCCAGAGACCGACCAAGUGUUGUUGCAGCAGAUCAUGGACUUUGCCUCUCAAGAUAUUGCUGAUGCUGUCCCAAAUUUGCUUCUGGUGUGGGGCCUAGCCCAAGCAGUCUGGAACAUCGAUGACAAGAAGCACUAUCGAGGUAUCAAGAUGGAAUCGCUGCUCCAAGUCCCUGUCGAAAGAACCCUCCCCAUUCCAACCUGCUUCUGUAUUUGGAACUACGGCGACAACACCCCGACAAUGUGCAAAGUCCUUGAAACUGAGAGAGGGAGGGAGGAGUUCGUCAGACAGAUCACCAUCAAGGCUUCCAAAAUGUUCGCUGCCAUCAACCCAAGUGAUGCCAUUCGAUAUUGGGAAGCAGGGAAGCGGGGGUUCGACCGUGUUCGGCGCCAGAUCGAAACAUUCAAGACUUUCGAGCGAGGGGUCACCGCAGCGGUUGUAGCAUCCAUCCUUGAGAGUGAGAAGGUUGUAGAUCGUACCAUCAUGUUGGAGUAUUGGCUAGACGUCGCGUCGCGAUGCGUUACUUGGAGGAACUAUUGUGUAGCGAACUGCAUCUCCUCUGCUGUUCAGACUUCGUCUGUGCUUCGUUUGAAGACCACCAUUGCAUUGGCCAGUGAGGAGUCCAAGCAGAAGUAUAUCGAUUUAGUGGCCCUGUUUGACGGCGCCGCAAACUUUGCAUCUCACCGUGCCGCAAUUGCGGCAGAAAAGAAGCCUGCGGUACCACCAAUGUUUCACUUCGAACAUGAUGUUUCUGCCAUCCGAGGGAUAUCUACAACAACCGUUGACGGUGAUGGACGGAAGACCGUGUUGAUCAAUUUCAUCCCAGUAAGGAAUAUCAUGAAAGUCCUGGCUUCUAUGGAGGAAUACCGUAUCGACUACUGUCUGGAUUUCGACGGGGACUUUCAAGACUGGCUGAAGGGCAGCAUAGACACGUUGCAGGUCACCCAAAAGAAGGAGAAGGAGCUGCUCGAGACCCACUACGCCCUCAGCAAAUCAAGGGAAUCGGCAUGCCUCCGGCUGCAACAGAAACACGUCGAUGUAUGGUCUCAUCCUAUCACAUAUUACUGGGCAGAUUACCCUGGACCAUUCCCAACCAAGCGAGCAGCUCCGUCUGCCCGAUUCUCUCAUUCUAGUCCAUCCAAACGCUAG